AUGAGCCCCUUUGCCUUCGCUUUAAGGUCAAACAUUUUGAAGAUUCGCUUUCGGAAUAAGAAGUUUACCGUUCAUUUGAAGUCGGCGACGGUUAACCUCCUGUCGGCGAAUGGGAAUAGUUCCACGGGAACACGAACACCUUCAUACUCCACCCUGGUUGCAAGUCCCACUGAUUCCAGCAAGACAGGUCUACAACAAACCUUUCAGUUCCCAUCACCCGCUGAAGCCAAAGAAUUUUGGCAAUAUGCCGUUGCUUGCCACGCGUUUUUUCGCGUCCGUGAACCGGCAGAAGUUUCAUUCAAUCGAGCUCCGGCAUAUGGAGCCGGUGCAACAACGGCUAUUUCAGCUACGGCUAUCUAUUCCGCCAUUUCCCGUGCAACGAGCGGUCUUCGUCGGUUUUUUUCUAUCGCCCGCCGUGGCAGCAUAUACAGAACUAAUCUUGGUGGUGCAGCUGGGGGUGUCGAGCGGACUCUGUCUACGGUGAUGGAACUAAGGCGUAAUUCUCGUGUUUUUGACCGAGGAUUCUCCAGGGCAAGCAGUCGACGCAGUACACGGAGGUCCAUGAACUUCAGUGGCAGUGGUCCGUCGGUUUCUCAGACCGGUGGAAUUCGAACUGCAUCAAACCUAUCGCUUGAUCGUCCUUCUGACGCACAUACGCCAAAUAUUUCUACGAAAACUUACAAUCAGUUACCGCCCGGAGCUCGCACCAGUCUGGUCUUUAGCACGUCUUCUAAGACUCUGGAUGUGCAGCCCGUACGUGGCGUUCAAGCCUCUGCCCCUCGGAAUCCUCCUGAGUCUGUACCAACAAUUUCGAUUCCCCGGACACUCACUUCAGCACCUGCGCCGACCAGCCGUCCUAAAAAGGCGCCCAGUCCAUCGGCAGUGGAAGCCACUCAGCUGAAGGCCACUCUGCCUGAGACUUCAACUCAUGUGCCCGGCUCGCGAAAUUCCUACAUCAGUGCCACUUCUAUCACACAAGCCGAACGAAUGCCACGACCGAAACCCACUAAAACCAGUAGUCCAUCACUGAAUGCUCCGCGGUCUAGUCAACGUCGAUCACACCCCUCUUCGCCCUCGCUACAACCUCGCGCCGGCACAAACCCUCCAAACUCACCCAAGAAUAUGCCGGAUUCCAAGUCAAGAGAGAAACGUGGCGCAGAUGGUAUUCAGGAUAACGUCCAUGUGAGCUCAUCCGAUGGGUCUGAUCCCGACCAACCUGACUUCGACCGAGACGAUGCCUCUCGUUACUGGAACGCCCGACGGGCUAAUACAGCAUUCCGGGUCGGUCGCGCGCAAACUAGAACACGACCUACCCCAUCGUCCAUAAUGCACGAAUCAUUUCACGGCCGAACGAGUCAAGAGGAAUCCAGACCACGACCAUCGAACGCAUGGUCUGGUAAGCGUCAAAUAACUUCUGCAGAACCGGAAACUCACGAAAUUUUAGAAACGGUGACAAGAGCUUCAAGUUCAACCCGAACGAGUGGUCGGUUGAAUUCAUUGCACACGCAACACUCGGGAUCCCAGCGAAGGCUUGCUGAUCUUGGAUCCAGCAGGUACAAAGAUCAAUCAUCGCAUACUGAAGUCCAUGGUAGAACUCACGCAUCCGGUCGUACAAGCAACACCGCUGGUUCUACUUUCGUUCGGGAUCCACUGCAUCCGGGGGCGCCGGCUGGAGACGGUCCGUCGAAUCCCAUCGAGGCAGACAGCACCGAUGGUUUGGUUAGAAUUCGCAUCAGACCAGACAGUCGUGGUCGGUUCGGCUUUAACAUACGAGGUGGGAUCGAUUUUGGAAUUCCGAUUAUUGUCAGCCGAGUGGGUCAGAAUACUCCAGCUGAUUUGUGUAUUCCUCGAUUAUAUGAAGGUGAUCAGCUGAUCGCAAUCAAUGGACGCUCCGUGGCUGGUUAUACUCACGCAGAGGUGGUUGGAUUUUUAAACGUGGCAAGGGAAGACACCGGAGAUGUACUUGAACUGCUGGUGAAACCAAGUGACUACGUCACAGACUAUUUCAACGGAGAGACAAAUAUUCCGGAUUCUGGCGAUGCACCACCCCUUCCUCCACGCUCUUCAAUGUUCUCCACUCGCCAGUCACUUACUGGAGACCGCCUAUCGGUUAUUUCACGGAGAAAUAGCGUGAGCUCUUCGAAACGCGCAUCAACUGCCAGCUACACACAAACCACAGAGGCUUUGUUACUAUCAAUCUUGGAUCUAGAGCACAGCUUGGCCGAUGGAAGUAUCCUCAGUCGCUUUGAAAUGGACUUUCCUAAAGCUGGCUUUUCGCUAAACUACAUUGCUGCCCAAGGUCCACUACCGAGCACCUAUGGUGACUUUUGGCAAAUGUGUUGGGAGCAACAUGUGAGCGUUGUGGUCAUGCUCACGGCAGUCAGCGAAAAGGGGAGAGUGAAGUGCCAUCAAUAUUGGCCGGAUUUGGGUCAAACUCUCAGGUUUCCUACCUCCAAUCCCAACCCGAUUUCCUCACGAUCGUCCGCGGGACAUCCCACCUCAACAGAACUUCAGAUACAGACUGUACAAGAAGAGGUUGCCGGAGAUUUUGCAUUUCGGGAAUUUACUAUAAGCCAGCUUUCUCUGACGGCUCAACGUUCCAGUACAUUGCAGAAUAAUUCAAACCCUAAAACGACAGAGUCCCGUCGGAUCACGCAGCUUCAAUAUAUUACGUGGCCAGACCAUGGAGUUCCGAACAAUCCGACAGAUUUUAUCUCGUUUGUGGAACGGGUGCGCGAUAAACGUGGUGCAGAUCCAGCUCCUGUUGUAGUCCACUGUUCAGCUGGAAUAGGACGUACAGGUGUCCUCAUAACCAUGGAAACAGCCAUGAAUUUGAUCGAACGGGGACAUCCAAUUCGACCCCUGGAGCUGGUUCAAUUAAUGCGGUCGCAAAGGGGCCUUUUAAUUCAAACAACGGUGAUCAAGGCGACCAACCGCACAGCUGACGUUGGCAGAGGUCCCGGCUUAUUGGCUGCACCUGUCCCAAUCUCGAUCGUUCUCUGUACUAUUAUCAAUAACUCACUGAAGUGAUAAACUGUAGUACCUUUUUUCGUCUGCAAUUUCGGUUUUUUAGAUUCUCUUAUUUAAAAAUGGCGAUCGAGUAGGGAGGGGCCUUCUCAUGAAGCCCUAUGAUUUCACGAGUUUUUGACUACUCGUGAGUAAGCCGUUUGUACGAUAAUAUUUGGGCCGCGCUGUGCUUUGCUCCCCCAAAUGCUGUGAUUCGGCACGUGUCGCUGCUCAAAUAUACCCAUAUUACAUAUCACUUGUAGCAGAAACUUCUCCAAAUCUUGGAGCCGCUGCAUCAUAUCUUUUGAGAUGUUCCAAUUUUCUCUUCUCUACUCACUGACUUUCUGAAGUUGCACAUAAAGGUACUUUUGG